GGCAAAACAAUGAGACGGCAAGUACUGUUGUUCCUCUCUGCUCUGUGCCUUCGCUCCGUGAUUGGGCAAGUCAGCUAUUCCAUCCCUGAGGAAAUGUCCAAAGGCUCUAUAGUUGGAAACAUUGCACAUGAUUUAGGUUUAGAUCUCAAAAGGCUGAAAUCCGGCAAGGCCCGGGUUUACACCGGCCGCAGUGUGGAGUACAUAGGCAUGAAUAAAGAAGGAGGACUCCUGGUUAUCCACGAGCGGAUAGACAGAGAGGCUUUGUGUGCAGAGACCUCGCCGUGCGCUCUGCAUUUCCAAAUAAUUCUGGAAAAUCCAAUGGAGCUAUUUCGUGUUACAGUAGAAGUCACAGAUAUCAAUGACAACACGCCCAGUUUUACUAACGCUGAAAAACGUUUUGAAAUUAGCGAGUCUGCCAUUAUAGGGUCAAAAUUUAUAUUAGAGAAAGCCAUCGAUUUAGACAUAGGAAUGAAUGGCUUACAACAAUAUAUACUUACGCCUGCUGAUAACUUUGUAUUAAAAUUAGAAAAUGAGGCUGAUGGUAGUAAAAAGGUAGAAAUGGUUCUGCAGAAGCCUCUCGAUAGAGAAAAGCAGGAUUAUAUAAGGCUGAUAUUAACUGCUACUGAUGGAGGCGAGCCGCAGCUGACGGGCACUAUGGAGAUAUAUGUUAGUGUAUUAGAUGUCAAUGAUAAUGCACCAACUUUUGAAAAACGUAUGUAUAAAGCGAAAAUACCUGAAAAUUCACCCAAGGGCACCAGUAUCACGAGUGUGAGUGCGACUGAUAAAGACAUAGGGGCAAAUGGCCAAGUAUCAUAUUUGAUAUCUCCUGGCAAACGGCUUAUUUCAGAAAUCUUUAAUAUUAAUCAGCAAACCGGUGUGAUCACCCUGAUCGGUGACAUUGAUUAUGAAAAGGCCACUUCCUAUCAAAUGGAUGUGGAGGUGGUCGACAAGGGAGGGCUGUCUGAUUCAACCAAGGUGGUGGUUGAUGUCAUCGAUAUAAAUGACAACAGCCCUCAUAUUAAUGUUGUAUCAAAAUCAGACACUAUAUUAGAAAACUCGCCUCCUGAUACUGUUAUAGCUAUGUUAAGUGUGAGUGAUGAAGAUUCAGAAAAUAAUGGCAAAGUGGAGUGCAUGAAAGAUCAUAACACUCCUUUUAAAAUUCAAAUGUCAUUAAAUGGAUUUUAUACUUUGGUUACAGAGGUUGAUUUGGACCGAGAGCAAUCGGGCCAGUACAAUAUUACAGUGACAUGUUCUGAUGAGGGUGUGAACUCCCUGUCCAGCAGCGUCACUCUGACGUUACACAUUUCAGAUGUGAAUGACAACAUGCCUGUCUUUGACAGAAGCUCAUAUGAGGCCUCCAUUGUAGAAAACAACACACCUGGUCUCUCUAUACUGACUGUAAAAGCCAAUGAUGCUGAUUGGAACCAGAAUGCUCGCAUUUCUUACAUCCUUGAGGACUCCUCUAUUAAUGGAGUGUCAGUCUCGUCAUAUGUGUCUGUUAACGCUGAGAGUGGAGUCAUCCACGCAGUUCGUUCUUUUGACUAUGAGCAGCUGAAGGAGUUCCACUUUCGUGUCAGAGCUCAGGAUGGAGGCUCCCCUCCCCUAAGCAGUAAUGUGAGUGUGGCCAUCCUAAUUAAGGAUGCCAACGACAAUGGCCCUCAGGUGCUGUACCCAGUACAGACGGGCAGCUCCGUGCUGGCCGAAAUGGUGCCUCGUUCGGCAGACUUGGGCUAUCUAGUGACAAAAGUAGUGGCUGUGGAUGUGGACUCUGGACAGAACUCCUGGCUCUCAUAUAAAGUGCACAAAGCCACAGACAGGGCACUGUUUGAAGUGGGACUCCACAAUGGAGAAAUAAGAACUGUCCGCCAAGUGACUGAUAAAGAUGCUGUCAAACAAAGACUGACUGUUGUAGUGGAGGACAAUGGGCAGCCCCCUCGUUCAGCUACUGUUAUUGUUAACGUGGCGUUGGCGGACAGCUUUCCUGAAGUGCUGUCAGAGUUCACUGACUUUAGCAUGCACGACAGGGAGUACAAUGAAAAACUGACUUUUUACUUAAUCUUGGCUUUGUCAGUGGUCUCCUUCCUCUUCAUCACCUGCUUACUGCUUAUCAUAUCAGUCAAAGUGUACAGGUGGAGACAGUCUCGCAUCCUGUACCACUCUAACUUGCCAGUCAUUCCGUAUUACCCGCCAAGGUACUCUGACACUUUGGGAACAGGGACGCUCCCUCACGUGUACAAUUACGAAGUGUGCAGGACUACUGACUCCAGAAAAAGUGACUGCAAAUUGGACAGGGCUGCUAGUCACAAUAUUCUGGUCAUGGACCCCAGUUCUACAGGGACGAUGCAGAAGAUAUACAGGGAAAAGAAUAUCAUGGAUGAACCCGACACUCCUGUAGAGGUUGGUUACCCACUCAAUUUAUAG